ACACACACACACACACACACACUGAACAUGCCUGUGUGUAAGUGGUCUGAAACGUAACCCCUGCAGCUCUGACUCUCAGCCAUAACACAGACUGGAGGAAUUCCAGCUCGCUCCUGUUUAACCAAACAACACGUGCACGGAGAGCUUCCACGCUACCAGCGCUCACGUCAUGCUGAGCUAAUGGCACCACGCACCCACACACACACACACACACACACCUUCACACACGUGUUUUAUGAAUGGUUUCACAACAGCGCCUGGGUUUUUAAUGAACCAACACGCCCUGGUCGGAGCCCUCUGCUCCACUUCCUGCCGUCACACUCGGCGCUGGCAGCAGGUCGGAGAGGUCUCCGGUGUUUCCCUCGGCCUCGGCAGCCGCCCGGUAAUCACAGGGGGAUUUUCCCCCCACAGGGAGAAGCUGGCUGUGGCUCGCCUGCAGAGGGAAGUCGCACGGAGCAAGAGCGAAGGAACAAUGCGAGAGAAGCUGAUCCACGAGCUGGAGGAAGAGCGACGCCUGCGACUGGAGAGCGAGAAGCGUCUCCGGGAGGUGAGCGAGGAGUCGGAGCUGGGCCGCGCUCAGAUGCUCUCCCUGCAGCAGCAGUUCUCCAGGAUGGAAGAGACGGUGCGGUCGCUGCUGCAGAAUCAGGGCGUCCUGGAGCAGUCGGCCGUGGACACAGUGGACCUCAUGAAGUCCUACAAGGACAAACUCUCGGAGGAAGUGCAGAAGCAGCAGGACGGCCCCUCGCUCCAGCCGCCGGACCCCGAGCUCGACGCCAGCCAAGCAGAAGAUAAAACCCGGCUGCUGGUGGAGCGCCUGAAGGCCCUGGAGGAGCGGAACUCGGCCUUGGCCUUGGAGAACGAGAGCCAGCGGGAGCAGUACGAGCGAUGUCUGGACGAGGUGGCCAACCAGGUGGUGCAGGCGCUGCUGACGCAGAAGGACCUGAGGGAGGAGUGUCUGAAGCUGCGGACCCGUGUCUUCGACCUGGAGCAGCAGAACCGAGCGCUCAGCGUCUUGUUCCAGCAGAAGAUCAAGCCGGCCUCGGACCUCCUGCUGCAGAAGCUGCACUCCAGGAUCAUGGAUCUCUCUGCGGCCGACCUGCUGCUGGAGCCCGAGAGGAGCAAAGCCUUCCUCCUUUCCAGGAACGCCGACUCGCCCUCCAACGAGGUGAACGGAAAGCUGGGCUUCCCGGCGGUGAAGUGUCUGAGCCAGCUGAGCCUGGCGGCGCCGCCGCCGCCGCCCUCGUACCCGCGCAGCAGCUGCAGCAGCAGCGAGCUGUCGCUGUCCAGCGCCUGCAGCGACUUCUCCAGCGGCUCCUACACCUGGAACGACGGGCGCUCCUGUGGGAAACUGUCGUCUCUGACCUGGGAGAAGCGGCUGAGUUUGGGCUCGUCGGUCCCGAACAACAUCUGCUCGGCGGCGGACGAGGCUCCGCCCACCCGACGCAAAGAGAGCCACAUCCUGGAGGGGCUGAGGAAGCUCCAGAGGAGGAAGCACCGGAGCUCCUCCUCCUCCUCCUCCAAGGUUUCCAAGUCCGGCUACAAGGACUGCAUGAACUCCAACGAGGGCAUCUACUCCCUGGGCAUCAAGAGCAGCGGCAAGGGCGUCUCCAAGCCCCCCCACGUCAGCCGGAUGCGGGCGAAGCGCUUCUCCUACGACUCCGACGACGCGGACGACGAGCUGGCUCGGUCCGGCGCCGGAGACCACAUCCCCACCAAGGACGGCUGGUUCCACUCCCAGCAGCUGUCGCACAGCAUCUCCGACAGCCUGUGCAGCUGGGCGGGGCCGCAGGACAGCGGCGGGGACGGCCCCCCGCCCCCCGCCGCCGCCAAGCAGCCCCCGGGCUACGACUCCAAGGAGCGUCCCGAGAAGCUCCUGAGCUUCAUCAACAGCUUCCUCCCCGAAGGAGGGCGGCCGUCGGCGUUCAGCCGGCCGUCCAAGCUGCGCCGCGGCCAGCGCGACCCCCCCGAGCCGGGCCGGCCGUCCGACGACGCGGGGGGGCUCAAGUCCGAGCCCGGCGACAGACCCCCGCCCGAGCAGGCGGAGAGGGACGCCCGGAGGCUGUCCAGAGACGUGGCCAAGCUGCUGUCGCAGCAGUGCCGCACGCAGAGCGCCGAGGGGAGGCCCCGCCCCUUCAGCCUCAUCAGGGAGGCCCGGGCGGCGCAGGGCUCCCAGUCCGAGGAGAGCGUCCUGGCCAUCUUCGACGCGGAGGGCGAGCCCAUCCACCUGGCUGGGAAAGGACGCGCGGACUACGCAGAACUCGUCCCGCAGGAGAAGCCCACGAGGCAGAAGGCGGCCGCCGUGCGAUCCUUCAGCCUGAUGGAGUCUGCAGAGAAGCCCUCCGAGUACCAGCUCCGGAGCGGGGGGGCCGGCGGCAGCAGGGAGGGCAGCGCCGAGCGGCUGUCCACGCCGCUCACGCCUCCCAAAAAACUCAUCAAGCCGCCGAGCAGCCGGGCGAGUAAAGGCCUCUCCAUCCCCCCCAUGAGCGACGCCCCCAAGACCGGCGGCAGCAAAAUACCGGGCCGCAGCAGGGCCGCCCCCUCAGGCCCCCCCACCAAGGCCUCCAAGGGCUGCUCCACCGAGCCCAGCCCCGGGGGGGGCUCGGCCCCCUCCGGUCUGGAGAAGUCUCCCUCGUCUGCCGGCAGGAUGUCCCGGUUCAUCAAGGCUCAGGGGUCCUGCUCCCAGAGCCCGAGGGGGGGUGCCGCCAAGCCCCCCGGCAGGGCCGACUGGGGUAAGACCUCCUCCUCGUGUUCGCCGCUCCUCUCACGGCGCCACCUGGAGUACGGCGACGGCGAGCAGCCCACCCGAGACAAGCACUGUGAAGCCGGCAAAAACCAGCUCAGGUCCCCGUCCCCCCCGCCUCCCCCCGGCCGCACCACCUCCCUCCUCAUCAGGCCCAACUACGAGGGCUCGCCGCAAGCUCCCCACAAAGCGGCGCCGGCCCAGCCGGCCGCCGCCAGGGGCCCCCCCCCGAGCUACCACACCUCACUCCUACCAAAUAUGCAAAGCACGCUGCCCAUCAGGGAGAAGGAGUGCGCCGAGCAGGACGCCGGCUACGGCACCGCGCCGCACCGACUGCCGGACAAGCCCGGGCCGAAGCCCCCCCCGGCCACGCACACCCCCACGAAAGGCUCCAAGCGGAUCACCGCGAAAGACUACCUCCCUUCCGCCAACUCAGGGGGGGCCCCAGAGCCCCAAAGCGCACCUAAAAACCCCAAGAACGUCCCCCCUCCGUACAGCGCCCUGCGAGGGUCCUCGCUCCAGACCUCCUUCGUCAGCAAAAGGGGGUCCGCUCAUGAGAGCGCCCCCCCGCCGGCGCAGAAGCCUUCUGUCGCUUUACAGGAUGCCCCUCAGACGGUGAUCAGCCCCCCCGGCUCGGUGGUGACGUCCCCCAACCCGGCAGAGAAAGCCUCAAAGACCCGCAUCCCGAUGGGCUUCAAGGCCUUCCUGAAAUCCCCCCCCAGCCACAAAAACAGCCCCUCCCUUCCGGGCAAGCAGGAGAAAGAUCAUAUCAACUCCGUCUCCAAGGAGACCGUGACUUCCAGCGACAGCUCGCCGCCGUACGCCAUCGAUCCCCCCGCCAGCACGUCCGCCGCGGAGGGGAAAGGUGACGCCCGGUGUCAGGAGGAGGGGGGGCCGCCGCCGCCGGAGGAGGGGGGGCCGUGUGACAGGGUGAAACGGAGCAGUCAGCUGUUUGGCAGAUCCAUAUCCGUCACCACCAAGCCGCACCUGAAGCCCGCCCUGGGGAUGACGGGGGCCAAGGCCCGCAGCCAGAGCUUCAGCACCGCCUACACGGAGAAACCCGGCGGCGGCGGCGCGGCGGCGGAGGGUCCGGGGAAGACCCGCACCCACAUCAUCACCAACUCGGGGGAGAGGGGCAGCUCGCUGUCCAGGCAGGGCUCCUCCGAGGCGGCCGAGAGCCCCCUGCACUCCCCCCGCUCCCGGCUGAGCCACUACGGCGGCAUGACGGGCCCCGCCGGGCAGAGCGCCCCCAGAGGCGAAGCGUCCCCCUCCCGCAAGGAGGUCCGCAGCCUGCCCUCCGCCGGAGGCGGCGGCGGCGGCCGGAAAGGCGGCGCUCAGCCUCCGGAGGCGGACCCCCACCCCCAGACCCCGGCGGGCUCGCCCCGCAAGCCCCCCGACGCCGGCGAGGAGACGAGCCCCUCGGCCCGCACCAUCGAGGAGAAGGUGAUGCUGGGCAUCGAGCAGAACGUGCAGAAGUGUCAGGAGCAGGAGAAGGGCGGCGAGGCCAAGGCGAGGAGCGGGCCCUCGCUCGCCAACUGGUUCGGGCUCCGCAGGAGCAAGCUGCCGGCCCUGAGCGGCAAGAAGGCCGACGCCCCCCGGGGGGCGGGCCCGGCGCUCGGGGGCAAGCAGAAGAAGGACAAGAAGAAGAGCGAGAGCCAGCCGAGGGACGAGCCGCAGGUCGGCAACAAGCUGAGCUCCAUCAUGGACCACUGCAACAACCAGAUGGGGCAGAUCGGCGCGCAGAUCCACUGCACCACCGCGCUCAUGGGCACGGAGCACUUCGUGAAGGAGCUGCUGGGCAGGACGGCGGUGAAGACGCAGCCUCCGCAGAUCUGCUCCAGCCUGACGGACGGCGGCCUGAAGGUGGAAGCGGAGACGUGCGCGGACGCCAGCACCCUCCUGAUGAGUCAGAAACUGGCCCGGGCCGAGAACGAGGACUCGUCCUGUCAGGAUCACGUCAUCGGCUCCGGCUGUCAGACCAGGACCCUGGACAGCGGCAUCGGCACCUUCCCCCUCCACGACCCGGCCGGCCGGGCCGGCGGCCGCCACCCCCCCAAGUCCGAGUCCGGCCCCGAGGGGGUGACCGCCGCCGAGCCCCCCGCCUCCCGCCUCCCCGACCCCUCACAGCCCCUCCCCAAAGUGCCUUCCCCUUCAAAGAGCCGCCCGCAGGCCCCCGGCAGCCUGGCCCACUCCCUGUCCGACCCGGCGGUGACCCCGGCCAGGCCGGCGCCCUCAGACGCCAUCAGGGCCAAGAGGUCGAGCGUCGGAGCAUCUCGCUGCAGCUCCGCCGACGACCGACAGGCGGAAACGUCCGGCAGGAAGAAGAGCGGCGAGCCGCCGGGCGAGCGAGCCCUGCAGGUGUGCGUGUACCCGGGCAGCAGCGGCAGCGAAACCGAGACCGAACCGGAGGGCACGGGAAGCGCCGCGUGCUCGCCGCGGCGCACGCCGCUCCACCGCGCCGGCGCCGGCGAAGCAGGGCGGCGGGACGAGGACACCCUGACGAGGAGCCUGUCCAUCCUGGACCUGUACGGCCGGGACGCGCCGUCUCCGCUGGAGGACGGCGGCAGGAUCCCUCCGCGCCCGCCGCUCGCCGCUCCUCCCCUGGAGAAGAACCCCGCCGCCGCCGGAUCGCCGCCGCCCGCCCUCCGUCUCUCCCUGGCGUCUCUCAACAAGCUGAAUCACCGGAGCUCGGCCGGGAAGAGCGGCGAGCCGUCCCCCUCCCCGUCCCCGUCCCCCUCCCCGUCCCCGUCCUCCUGCUCGUCCUCCCAGGCGGCGGGGCGGACGGCGGCGGCGGCGGCGCUCAGCGACUCGCUGUACGACAGCUUCUCCUCCUGCACCAGCCAGGGCUCCAGCGGGGUGUGAGCCCCCCCGGGGCCCUCCACCCCCCCACAGCGUAGCACCUUCACCCACCUCCACAGUCCGGGAGAUGCAGCCGACACGUUCUUCCAGCCGCUGUGUGACCUCUGACCUCCUCCACAACA